AUGGAAGGGGGAAGAUGGACAUUCACAAGGGGUGAAAGUAAAUCAGUGGUUGACUAUGGGAUAGUAAUUGCGAGGGCAUGGGAUGAAAUAAGGAGGAUGGAAAUAGGAUAUAGAUUGGAUUCAGACAGCCAACCGAUAAUCAUAGAACUGGAAGGAUGGAGAGUAAGGCUGAGUAACAGCGGGAAAGGAAAACAGGAAGUAUGGAGAUGGAGGCAAUGUUGGAGAGAGAAUGACGUGAGAGCGUUCGAGAAGAAGGAAGAAGAACUAAGAUGGGAAGCAUCGGAAGGGGAAGAAAAAUGGAAAGAACUAAGAAAAGAAAUUGAUUUGUGCUGUGUUAAGAGGAGGGUCAGAAAGGGAGAAAAUGUGGAUGAAGGGUUGUUUGACGAGAAAUGCAGAAGACUAAAAAAGAAGCUGAGAAGGGCAGGUCGAAAGAAAAGAGAUAUGGUCACUCGACACAAACUGAGAGCAAGGUACCGAAAUCUGAAGAAAAGGAAGAAAAAGAGGUGGGAAGAGAAAGUAGAGAAGGAACUAGGGGAGAUUAAGUAUGAAAAUCAGGCGUGGGAGUUUAUAAGGAAAGACUGGAAGAAAAGGGAUAAUAUAACGGAUGCAUUUGGAAUUGAGGAAUGGAAGGAGCAUUUUAUGGAAGAAUUUGGGGGUAGGAAAUACAAACCGGGGGGUCUAGAAAAGAAAUAUCAGGCAGGAACGGAUAUAAGAGAAGAAGAACCAACGGAUGGGGAAAUCGACCUGCAAAUAUCGAAGCUAAAGAGAAGGAAGGUAGAAGGAGGAGACGGAAUAAAAAAUGAAGCUUGGAUAUUUGGCAGGGGAAAAAUUAGGACACGGUUGAGAGAGGUAAUUAGAGAGGUGUGGAGAGGCGAAUAUUUUGUAGAAGAUUGGAGGGAAGGGAUAAUAGCGCCGAUUUAUAAGAAAGGGGAAAAGGAAAAUAUGAAGAACUACAGAGGAGUAACAUUAACCUGCACGGCUUACAAGCUGUACGCGUCGAUCUUGAAUGAAAGGAUAAUUAAAUCAGUGGAGGAAAAAGGAGGGUGGGAAGAUAAUCAUGCAAGAUUCAGGAAGAAGAGAGGAUGUAUGGACAACGUGUACAUUCUGAGAAAGGGGAUAGAAAAGACUAUAAAGAAAAAAGGCGGGAGAGCAUAUGUUUUGUUCCUGGACCUGAAGGGAGCAUUCGACAAUCUAGACAGGAACUGA